UUGUAUUUAAGUUUAUUACAUAAUUAAGUCCACUGGUGUUGAUACUAAAAUGGUUUUGUUAAUUGGAAUUGUAUUUGCAAAAUUGUGGAAUUUAUCAAUAUCAAUCUCAAUGGAAAAUACUCAACUGGGUUUAAAUUCAAUACAUCAACCUUUGACAAACAACUAUAUCAAAAAAGAAUGUAUUUAUAGGCCACCGGAAACUCCAAAAAAAUUUUGUCCUGAUCCAAACGUCCGCUAUAUUCUUUAUAAUAAUGGCAAACGGCAGGAAAUAGAUUACAUGCAGUCUGAUUGGUUACGACAAAGUAUCUGGGAUCCUAACAAAGAAGAUAUUAUGAUUAUUCAUGGGUACGCAGGGGGGGAUAAUACAUUACCAAUAGUGGUUUUAAGAGAUGCCUAUAUAGAUAAUGGUAGUUAUAAUGUUUGGAUGGCAGAUUGGGGAGAAUUAUGCCAACCACCCUGUUAUAGAGCAGCAGUUAACAACUUACGUACAGUUUCUCGAUGUACUGGAGAACUUCUUGCAUCACUUAGAAAUGCCGGAUUAGAAACUAACAAACUUACAUGUGUUGGACAUUCUUUGGGUGCUCAUAUUUGUGGACUAAUUUCUCGAUAUGUAAACUUUCGUUUACAUAGAAUUAUAGCUUUGGAUCCGGCUAGACUCCUUGUAACUACUGAUAUAAAAUUAAAUAGUGGCGAUGCAAAGGCAGUUCAUAUUUUACAUACAAAUGCUGGUCAUUAUGGUGAAAGUGAUAAAAGUGGCCAUGUUGAUUUUUGUAUUAAUGGUGGGAAAAUACAACCCUUCUGUGAAACAAGUAAUCUUGAUGUCCAAUUAUGUAGUCAUGUUUGGUCAAUUUGUUAUAUGGCUGAGAGUUUACAUUUAGGAAAGGCUAAGAAAGCCGAGCCCUGUUCUAGACAAUGUCCAGCUGGUCCACGUCCCGAUUUAAAAUUGGGCAAGCCAAUUAUGAUGGGCCAACAUACACCUCUAUCGGCAAGUGGAUCAUAUUGUGUCCAGGAUAAUCUUAAUCCUCCAUACUGUCCAACAUUUUUAGGAGAUAUUGGCGAUAAAAGAUGUUGCCUUAAAAAUGUAUAAUUUAAUUUAAAUAGUGAGAAAAAUAA